UUUUUUUUUUUUUGGGACUCACAAACACAAAUCCCGAAUAAAAAAAAUAUAUAUAUAAAAAAAAUGUGAAAAUGUUGGAGCGGAAAAAGUAAUGACGUGAGGUGAGUCAGAUAGGAUUAUUGCAUAAACGAGUCAAGGUCCCAAGGUGCAGAAGGCAAAAAGUAAAAACAUCUAUGAAGUCGGAGAUUUUGUUUCUAUUAUUAUUCUCCCCUUAGAUCACUCUCAUUCUCUCUCCCCCUCCUAAUUCUUAGGGCUAUCUCUAUUUGGUGUGCUUUUAACAAGACAAGCAUCAGCAAAGAAACGACUUUUUUUUCCCUUUUUUUUCUUUCUUUUUCCUUUUCUUAUUUUGUUUCUUUUCUUUUCGUCCUCGCUUCUGGUAAACCAACAAUUAAUUUUCCCACUGAAAGACCCAGAGAUUUUGGGUUUUUCAGUUCUGGGACUUUCAUUUUUCCGUUCAGGGCCGUGUCUAAUUGUUUGGACCAACCAAACAGCUUUUGAAGCUGGCUGGAUUGAAAAAUGAGAGCAUUAGUUCGAUCUGUUCGACAUUUUCGAUCAGCUUUGCGACAACAAGCAUGCACUUACUCGAGUAAUUUUACGAGGAGGAAGCAGUUGAUACACUUCAAUUCUGGGUUUGCUUACGAGCUCAAAAGCAAUGCUGAAAUUCAUCGAUUUCGAGACCACCCCACGUUUAUGGUCUCAAGAGCUCUCUCAGUUGAUGCUGUUAAAGUUACUAAUGGAGAUGUGAACAGAGGAGGACCUCUCGUUGAGUACGAACGGAAAAUUGCUGCAGGUGAACUUGUCGAUGGAGAUGCUUGCCAGCUAGGCACCUUAAGAGAACUUCAGAGGCUCUUUGACGAGCUGGUUGAGUCAGCGGAUGCCUGCCGGUUGGAUAGGUAUACGGCUUCGGAGAAGGCUGGAAGGAGUAGGUGGCUGUGGUCUCGUUUCAUCCCACAGUCUUCAUACUCACCUGUUAAAGGUCUCUAUCUGUAUGGUGGAGUGGGCACUGGAAAAACCAUGUUAAUGGACUUGUUUUUUGACCAAUUGCCAUACAGUUGGAGGAAAAAGAGGAUCCAUUUUCAUGACUUUAUGUUAAAUGUCCAUAGCCGCUUGCAAAAACACAAGGGUGUGGCAGAUCCACUUGAAGUGGUUGCUGGAGAGAUAUCUGAUGAGGCUAUUUUAUUGUGUCUGGAUGAAUUCAUGGUAACUGAUGUUGCUGAUGCAUUAAUCCUAAACCGUCUGUUUGGACAUCUAUUCAGCAAUGGUGUUAUUCUUGUUUCCACUUCAAAUCGUGCUCCUGACAAACUGUACGAAGGUGGGUUGCAAAGGGAGCUGUUUCUGCCCUUCAUUUGCACAUUGAAGGAAAGAUGUGUAGUUCAUGAAAUUGCUUCGUCAGUAGACUAUCGAAAAUUGACUUCGUCUGAGCAAGGUUUCUACUUUAUUGGAAAAGAUUUGUCAGUCUUUCUUAAACAAAAAUUUCAACAAUUAAUUGGACAAGAUAAAGCUUGUCCACAAGAGGUGGAAGUAGUGAUGGGAAGGACAUUGCAGGUUCCACUUGGUGCAAAUGGAUGUGCAUAUUUUCCUUUCGAGGAACUGUGUGACAGGCCUCUUGGUGCUGCAGAUUAUUUUGGAUUGUUCAAGAAUUUUCAUACACUUGUGUUGGACGGUGUCCCAAUAUUUGGACUCAACAACAGGACAGCAGCGUACCGGUUUGUCACUUUAGUUGAUGUGAUGUAUGAGAACAAGGGCAGACUUUUGUGUACAGCUGAGGGCUGUCCGGUAGAACUUUUUGAAAGAAUAGUAACAAUUGCUGAUGCUCAACAGAUUGCACCUAGAACCUCUUCAAGGUCAAGGAAAAAUGAUGACUCUGACCUUUGUGUGGACAAUGAGCUGGGUUUCGCAAAAGACCGCACUAUUAGUAGAUUAACAGAGAUGAAUAGCAAAGAAUACUUAGAGCACCAUGCUGCCAUGGUAGCAGAGAAGCAAUAGAGUGGGAAAUGGGAAGGUUUAAAUCAGGAUCUGCUACAUGAAUUAUACAGAGAAAUAUUUCAACGAUUUACCUGGAAGAAAAAUUGAGUUCAGUAGGUGAAGGAAAGUGAGAUAUGAGUUUCAGAAGAUGUGCUAUUUGUUACUUCAAUAAAAUGUAAUGUUAUCGUAUAUAAAGUGUUCAUGUAACAGACAGCUGAUGUUGUCAAAGAUGCAUCAGAAUAACCUCUCAUUUCUACAAAUAAAUAUGUCAUCAUGUAACAGACAGCUGAUGUUGUCAAAGAUGCAUCACAAUAACCUCUCAUUUCUACAAAUAAAUAUGUCAAUUUAUGCGGGGUAA